UCCGCAAAGAGACCCGUUUUUCACAGGGAACUGUAUUUCAUGGCACGCUGACAGCACAUACUCUCGACUUUAGCCUUUAUCAGGAGGUCAGUGUAGAGGAAUAAAGCCGCUUUUUCACCUCAGCAUGGCGGCAGAAACAUUACAGAGGUUACGGGUGUGUCGGCGUCACCUCGCUCUGCUGCAGAAAUAUUCAAAUCUCACAAACACUCAACUGCUGCUGCACAAAUCCUUCAGCACACAGAGGAGUGGGCGGAGUCUCCGGCCUCUGAGGAAGCUGCUGAUUGGUGUGUCAGUGGGCGUUCCCGCGGCGGUGGGCGUGCGCUACGCUCUCUCUGACCCCAAAGACAGGAGGAAGAUGAGGAUAUUAGUGGAGGGCGCAGGACGCUUCUGCAGAUCUCUGUAUAUCGGAUUUCUGAUUUCAGUGGAUUACUGGUGGACGUCCAACGUUGUUCUGCGCGGCGUGGAUGAGGAAAGGCCGGAGUUCACGGCGGCCAUGUCCGCGUGUCACCAGCGAGCGGCGGACAGCAUGGUGGAGGGAGCGGUGAGGAACGGAGGAGUGUACAUUAAAUUGGGACAGGGCCUGUGUUCGUUUAAUCACCUCCUCCCUCCGGAGUACAUCCACACGCUGCAGGUCCUGGAGGAUAAAGCGCUGAACCGCCGCUACAAAGAGGUAGACGCUUUAUUCCUAGAGGACUUCAACUCCACGCCGGAUAAACUGUUUAAGACGUUUGACUACGAGCCCAUGGCGGCUGCUAGUUUAGCGCAGGUGCACAGAGCAGAGCUGCAUGAUGGGAUGCCCGUAGCUGUGAAGGUGCAGUAUAUAGACCUCAGGGAUCGGUUCGAUGGAGACAUCAGGACGUUGGAGAUCCUGCUGGAUAUAGUGAAGCUUAUGCACCCGAGCUUCGGUUUCCGCUGGGUCCUAAAGGACCUGAAGGGAACGUUGGCGCAGGAGCUGGAUUUCGAGAACGAGGGCAGGAACUCGGAGCGAUGCGCCCAAGAGCUCAAGCACUUUAAAUUCGUCGUCAUACCCAAAGUGUUCUGGGACCUGACCAGCAAGCGCGUCCUCACGGCCGAGUUCUGCGAAGGCUGCAAAAUCAACAACAUCGAGGAGAUCAGGAGGCAGGGCCUGAGUUUAAAAGACACGGCAGAUAAAUUCAUCAGGACUUUCGCAGAACAGAUAUUUUACACCGGCUUUAUACACGCAGACCCACAUCCUGGAAACGUGUUGGUGCGAAGAGGUCCUGAUAAAAAAGCAGAGCUUGUUCUCUUAGAUCAUGGACUGUAUGAACACCUCAGCAAAAGUGACCGAGCCGCUCUGUGCCAGCUGUGGCGCUCCAUCAUCCUCCGAGACGAAGCCGCCAUGAAGAGAUACUCCAACGACCUCGGGGUCAAAGACUACUUCCUGUUCUGCGAGAUGCUCCUUCAGCGGCCGAUCAACAUGCGCGAGCUGGGUCUGGGGAACAUCCUGAGCCACGAGGAGACGUCGUACAUGCGCAACAUGGCCGCUCAGCGCUUCGACAGCAUCAUGGAGGUGCUGAAGGCUCUGCCUCGGCCCAUGCUGCUCGUCUUCCGCAACAUCAACACGGUGCGCAGCAUCAACGUGGCGCUGGGCGCUCCUGUAGACCGCUACGCCCUCAUGGCCAAGAGUGCUGUGCGAGGUUGGGGUAAAGCCAGAGCAGACGAGUCGAGGCUUCUGCCCAGGGUCACUCUGUUGUGCUGGAUUUGGAGUUUCUGGGAAGAUGUGAAGUUUGAAUGCGCUUUAAGGUCGGAGAUGAUGAUGAUGAGCGUGACUCGCUACGUGCUGCAGCUUCUCUCCUACUGCGGUUUCAUCUCGCUCGAUCAGGAGGUUUAUCAAUACCUCAAAUAACCAAAGACUCAAUAACUCGGCUUUACUGUUUUAUUUUAUUUAAUUUUACACCCUGACAUUAGAAGUGUAAACUCACGACCUUCCUCUCAUCAUCUCUCUCAUCCUGUUCAGUGGAGCUUUUUAUUCUGUUUCAUUUCCUGUCUCCUGGUUUUCACAUUUAUUUUACUUUUUUUGAAAUGAAUGAACCACUAUGGAAUCAACACUAUGCAGAUGAUUUGUGCUUUAGCCAUGAGGACUUUAUCUGGACUAGCGGGGUGAUAAUACACCGCUAAUAAAACCUAGAUAAUAAAACAGCAUACCAUGAUAAGGUGCUGCACUCAUUAUAUCUUGAACAUGUAAUUUAAAAUUUUAAAUUAAUAAUAAUAAUGUAAUAAUACUUUCUUUAAAAAAAAAAAAAACCUAUAAGCUAAUUAACUGGUGCGACCAGUUAUCAUCAGAAGAGACAUAAUCAGUGGAAUGGAGUCGACUCGUGUGCAAGUAAAGUGUCACUGUUCCAAUUUUAAAAAUGGAAAGAUACGGUACAACCAUCCACCGAACGUCAGUGAGCGAGUAAAGAGGGGAUUAAUUAGUCAGAGAAUCUGUUCACAGGACAAGCACAGCCCGGACGCCCUACGAUGCUGGUAUGAAUUCGUAUUUGGAGUUUGCCAAAAAACAUAAAAACUCAAAAACCUGAAUAAAAAUAUUCUCUGGUCUGAUGAGACCAAAAUUCUGCCGUGUGUCCUUGGCAGGAACCCAACAAUCUGAGAACACCAUUCACUCUGUGAAGCAUGGUGGUGGUAGCAUCACGUUUGCGAGUUAUCCUAGGACUUCUAUCCUUGUUUCUUCUCUGACUAAUCCCUUCUUCUGUUCGCGGUUACUGACUCUUGGUGGACGGUCUCCUCUAAGCAGAGUCACUGUUGUGCUGUUUACUUUCAUUUCUAAUAACGGCUUUAAUGUCGCUCUGCAGGAUGGGAAUGCUCGCGAUGGUGAUGCUUUUCCAGAACUUUAUCCCAGACUUGUUUAGCUUCAUGAUGCUGUUUGUUUAGAUAUGUUCUCUAGCAAACUCGGGGUUCUUGACACUUGACGCUUUAAUUCAAUUUUAUUUAUAUAGCACUUUUAACAGUGGACCUUGUCACAAAGCAGCUUUACAGAAAUCUGGAUCUAAAAUUUUUAUUUAAAUUUAUCCCUAAUGAUCAAGCCAGAGGCGACGGUGGUGAGGAAAAACUCCCAGAGACGACGUGAGGAAGAAACUCAAACCUGUCCUCGUCUGGGUGAGGCCGGAUAGCGCGAUUAUAAAUCAGUUCUCUUCUCAAGCAGUGCUAAGUGUGUUAAAAGGAACCUGAGUAUGAGCCUCACUAGAGUUUUAACUUUAAGUUUCUCGUAUCAGACUGACGUUAUCAUCUGUUCAAUACUUUAAUCACACACAAGUCGACUACAUUCAGCUAAUGAUGCCACUUCUGAUUGUAACUGCUCACAGCAGAACUUAUGCAAUCAGAACUUUUACAUUAUUUUAUAAAAAGAAAUUUCCUUCAUUUCAGUUUUAUGGGAUGUUAUGGGGGGGGGGUGAAUACUUAUGCACAGCACUGUGAAUGACCUUGCAGUCAUACAGUGAAAUGAGAACCUGAUUACUGUGAGUGAUGUUACGAAUUUGUCGUAUUAGCAGAAAAGCUGUAAAGUUGAGGUUUGUUAUUUUAUUGCUCGGGAAAUGAUGAUUACCCGAGUUUAACUCUUUACUGUUGUUCAGCAGGCCUUUUUUUUUUUAAUUAAAUCUAAUUUUUUAAAUCUG